AAGAAUAUAGUAGGCUUUAAUUCUCUUCGCCUUCUUAAAAAUGGCGAUCGGAAGUUGCGGCAGCGCGAACGCAUUCGAAUUUGAAAAUAAUUAAUUGUUCCAAAUUAAUGGAAAGAAAUGGUGAAGUUAGAAGCGCGCGAAAUGUAUCGAAAGACAACGGAUGGAUUUCCUGGUAAAGAAGGGUACGAAAGAAGGGAACAUCAAAUGAAGGGGGUUAAGAGUGAUUAAGAAAAUUGGAAAGAAAAAGGGAAAAAUCUAUCCCACGGAUGGGAUAGAAUGUGGAGAGUGCGAGAGAAGGAGAGCGAGCGAGAGAGCGAACUCGAGAGCGACGUGUUCGUUCGUUCGUUCUCCGAGGGGGGGAAAAAAAGGACGUGAGGAAAGUUUCAGACGGGAUAUUGGGACCCAACAAAACACAGAACGAACGAGAGAGAGAGAGAGAAAGAGAUAGAGAGCGCGCGAUUGAAAGAGACGGCGGGAUGAGCGAGAGAGUGAGGAACGGAACGUUUGCCUGAGGAAAAGAGAGAAAGAGAUAGAAAGAGAACGAGGGAGAGGACGAAGAAGGAAGAAAUGUGUUCGCUCGGUAAAUUUGAACAACGUGAUGUAAAAUUCAGUCUGAGCCAGGAUCGCUGAUGGUUAGUUAGUUAGUUAGCCAGAGUUGGCCGCGCUCGUAUAGUGGAGGAAGGAGAAGGAUCUUUUUCUCUCGUGCGUCUCUGAUGACGACUAAAUUUUUUUUUUCUUCGUCUUUCUGCCUGAUAUAUAUAUGUAUAUACAUAAUACAUACAUACAUAUAGAGUUAGUUGUGUAGACAGAUUUUCGCGUCCGUAACCACAGAUAUCGUCGUUAAGUUUCUAUUAUUAUUAUCAUCGUAUUUUGUGUCUCUCUCUCUAUCUCGUUCGAAAGUGCCUCAUCCAGGAAGAAGUAGUUGUUUAGUUAUAAAAGUAUACACACUACAUACACACACACACACACACAAGUGCAAUUAGGAAAGGGAAUCCUUUGGUGCCGCGAAUGUUGCAAUGUCCAAAAGGAAUAUCGCGUACAUAAAGCCCGAAGAACCGAAUUUCUUGAAGAGGAUCAAGGAGCAAGUGGGUUACAAGGAGGGCCCCACGGUUGACACAAAACGCGAGGAUACCGAACGUCGUCUGCAGGCCGAGGACUUCGAAGACACCAACGACGAACUUCCAACCGUCGUUGUCCUCAAGCCCGGAGAUUUGACCGCCGAAGAAGUUGACCAGCACAAGCAGCAAGGUGAGACAACAGCAAAGAGAAUCAAUCGAACGAAUUCAUUCACUUAA